AUGGCGGAUGAACCAGCAUCACCGUCGCUAUCUUCACAAUCGCAACAGCCGCCGUCGUCAUCGGCGCCGCCGCUAGGAUCAUCAGUGAUACCAAUAGUGAACAAGUUACAAGAUAUAUUUGCCCAGUUAGGUAGUCAAUCGACGAUUGAGUUACCGCAAGUGGCGGUUGUAGGGAGUCAAAGCAGUGGUAAAUCGAGUGUUUUGGAAGCACUUGUUGGGAGAGAUUUCUUGCCACGUGGAAAUGAAAUUUGUACGCGGCGGCCACUGGUUUUGCAGUUGUUGCAGACUAAAAGGAAAGGUGAUGGUAGUGGGGAAGAGGAGUGGGGAGAGUUUUUGCAUUUGCCUGGGAAACGCUUUUAUGAUUUUUCCGAGAUCCGGAGCGAAAUUCAGGCUGAGACUGCUAAGGAAGCAGGAGGCAACAAAGGUGUCUCUGACAAGCAAAUUCGUUUGAAGAUUUUUUCACCCAAUGUUCUUGAUAUCACACUUGUAGAUCUACCUGGUAUAACAAAGGUUCCUGUGGGUGAUCAACCCUCCGAUAUUGAAGCACGGAUUAGAACUAUGAUCAUGUCAUAUAUUAAAAGGCCAAGCUGUUUGAUUCUAGCUGUUACAGCAGCAAAUUCAGAUUUAGCGAACUCAGAUGCUCUUCAGAUUGCAGGAAAUGCAGACCCUGAUGGUUAUAGAACCAUUGGAGUAAUCACAAAGUUGGAUAUUAUGGACAGAGGCACUGAUGCUCGUAAUCUGUUGCUUGGAAAAGUGAUUCCCCUUCGACUUGGUUAUGUUGGUGUUGUGAAUCGUAGUCAAGAGGAUAUUAUGCUCAAUCGGAGCAUCAAGGAUGCACUUGCUGCAGAGGAGAAGUUCUUCCGUAGUCGUCCAGUGUAUAAUGGUCUAUCUGAUCGUUGUGGCGUUCCUCAGCUGGCGAAGAAACUGAAUCAGAUUCUAGUACAGCAUAUAAAGGCAAUACUUCCAGGCUUGAAAUCACGCAUAAGUUCUGCUUUGGUUUCUGUUGCAAAAGAACAUGCAAGCUAUGGAGAAAUCACAGAAUCAAAGGCUGGCCAAGGAACUCUUAUUCUGAACAUUCUUUCAAAAUAUUCUGAAGCAUUUUCUUCUAUGGUAGAGGGAAAAAAUGAAGAAAUGUCAACAUCUGAGCUCUCUGGAGGAGCACGAAUUCACUAUAUUUUUCAAUCAAUCUUUGUGAAGAGUUUAGAGGAGGUUGAUCCCUGUGAGGACUUGACUGAUAGUGACAUUCAAACUAUCAUUCAGAAUGCCACUGGUCCUAGAAGUCCACUGUUUGUACCAGAGGUGCCAUUUGAAGUUCUUGUUAGGAAGCAAAUAGCUCGUUUAUUAGAUCCAAGCCUUCAGUGUGCCAGGUUUAUAUACGAUGAGUUAAUAAAGAUUAGCCAUCGCUGUCUAGUGAAUGAACUUCAGCGGUUUCCUGUUCUAAGAAAGCGCAUGGAUGAAGUUAUUGGAAACUUUUUGCGAGAUGGUCUUGAACCAUCAGAAACAAUGAUUGGACACAUUAUUGAAAUGGAGAUGGACUACAUAAAUACUUCCCACCCAAAUUUUGUUGGUGGUAGCAAGGCUGUGGAGAUCGUGCAGCAGCAGAUCAAGUCUUCUAAGGUUUCUCUUGUUAUGCCCAGGCAAAAGGAUGGCAUAGAGCCUGAUAAGGCACCGAAUUCUGAAAGGGGUAUGAAGACUCGGGCUAUUCUGGCCAGACAAGUAAAUGGGAUUGUGCCUGAUCAGGGAGGACGUCCGGUGGCAGAAGCUGAAAAGGUCGCACCUGCUGGGAAUACAAAUGUUUCAAGUUGGGGUAUCUCAUCAAUUUUUGGUGGAGGUGAUCAUUCUCGAACCUCUGCUAAAGAAAAUUCAACUAAUAAGUCAUACAAUGAACCUGCUCAGAGCAUAGAACACUUGGAUCAAAGCUACUCUAUGAUUCAUUUAAGAGAGCCCCCAACUAUCUUGAGGCCUUCAGAAAACCAUUCAGAGCUUGAGUCUAUUGAAAUUGCAGUCACAAAAUUGCUCUUGAGAUCAUACUACGACAUUGUUCGGAAGAAUAUUGAGGAUGCUGUACCAAAAGCAAUUAUGCACUUUCUGGUUAACCAUACAAAGCGUGAGCUGCACAAUGUCUUCAUUAGAAAACUUUACAGGGAGAAUCUGUUUGAGGAUAUGUUGCAGGAACCUGAUGAGAUAGCAACGAAGAGAAAGCAGACACGAGAAACACUCCGAGUUCUACAACAGGCAUUCAGGACUUUGGAUGAAUUGCCAUUGGAAGCUGAAACUGUUGAAAGAGGAUACAGUUUGAGUGGUGAUUCCACAGGAUUGCCGAAGAUCCAUGGACUGCCAACAUCAACAAUGUAUGCCAGUGGUUCUAGUGACUCUUACUCGGCUUCACCUAAGAACCCGAAGUCCCGGAAGUCAUCUCACUCAGGGGAGCUACAUCCACAUUUAUAUGUUGAUUCUAAUGGAGGUGGACGUGCUUACAUGCCAGGUCUCUAUCCAACAGUAGACUUUUAA